CCGACUGUAGCGUAAAUCCAAACGUAUCAGGCGGGUUGGUUUUUCGAUGAAAUAUCUUUCAUCCGCACAGUGUAUUUUUGACUGCGAAGCGCGUACGACGUGUGUCUGUGUUGCGUUGCGUUCGAAUAAAAAAGAGAAGAAAAGCGAAAAAGCGUUGCCGUCGGUGAAGUUUAUUAUUAUUAUGAUUAUUAUUAUUGCCCGUUAACCACGCGUUUUGCCAUCAAUCAACAAAUAAACAACACAAGAAACACUUUGGAAAUCGCGCGCGUUUUUCCAUCGCGCGAACAAAACAAUCACGUUUUUAAGUGUGUUUUUCAAUCACAAUCGAAAAGUUCUUCGUUUCACAAAUUGAAGGCCCAAAUAAAUACUGUUAUUCGUGGGCCGCGGAGGGAAUUUCUUUCAACGAGGGGAUCCCGCCGAUCCCCCCGCAAAAACCAAGAAACACGCAAUUUGCCGUCGCAAAAACACCACACAAUAUAUUGCAUUAUAUAUUAACAAUAUAAUUUGUUCAUCUCUAGUAACGUAGUAUGUAGAAGCAGCUGUGAUAAAUAGUGCGCAUAUUAUACGAAAAAAGCAAAAAGAGUAUACGACAAACAAAUAAAAAUUAAAAGCAACCACAACUACUACUAGAAAAAUAACCAAGGAAAAGGCAAGGAAACUCGCAGAAAGAGAGAGGAAAGGGGAAAACGCCAUGGAUUUAUGACAACAACAAAUGCAACCCAGUAACAAAUGAUGUUGCAACAACUACUACAAUACACGAGUAUACCAAGAACAACAACAGCAACUGCAACGGCAACCAACAACAAAUUGUAUACGAUUUUUAUAAACCAAACAAAUGCUAUGUAAAUAAUUAUUAUAACAAACACACAAGUAAAAAAACAUUCAAAAACAGAUCUCCCGCUCUAGAAAACAAACAACAAACGCGCGCGUAACAAAAACAAAAACAACCACAUCAACAAUACAACAAGUAUACAAACGUAAUAAUAAUACAUAAAAUCUAAACAAAUGUGCCUGUGUUAAAUAAAAAAGAAAGCAAAUUCAAGAAGCAAAGCGUUCAAAAAGCAAAGGCUUCCAAAUACAUGAAAAAAGUGCAAAACAUAUAAAAAUACCAGAAAAUAAUAUCCAAAACCAAAAGAACUGGAAGAGCCAAGAGCAAAACUAAAGGACUCCAAGCGGGCAGCUACAGUAGAGCUUCCCUAAGACCGAAGCAGUUGCAGCGGCGGAGCGGGACGUCGGUCAGUGUGUUGCGCCCCCAUUUGUUGUUCCUACUGUAAAAAGUGGCACAAAUCGGGUUAGACGUCGCUCCCAGAGCAUUAAUGGCUCAGCCCAGGUAUGACGAUGGCCUACACGGCUACGGCAUGGACUCCGGAGCCGCAGCAGCGGCCAUGUACGAUCCACACGCCGGUCACCGGCCGCCCGGACUGCAGGGCCUCCCCUCGCACCACUCUCCGCACAUGACGCACGCAGCGGCGGCGGCGGCCACAGUGGGCAUGCACGGCUACCAUUCGGGGGCCGGGGGUCAUGGAACACCUAGUCAUGUAUCGCCGGUCGGUAAUCACCUAAUGGGCGCAAUACCCGAAGUACACAAACGUGAUAAGGAUGCGAUUUAUGAACAUCCGCUAUUCCCGCUUUUGGCGCUGAUCUUCGAGAAGUGCGAAUUGGCCACAUGUACGCCGAGGGAGCCCGGGGUGCAAGGUGGCGAUGUCUGUUCGUCGGAAUCGUUCAACGAGGAUAUUGCAAUGUUCAGUAAACAGAUAAGAUCACAGAAACCCUAUUAUACCGCAGAUCCCGAAGUCGACUCACUGAUGGUGCAAGCAAUACAAGUACUUCGGUUUCACCUUUUAGAAUUAGAAAAAGUACACGAGUUAUGCGAUAACUUCUGUCAUCGGUAUAUAUCGUGUUUAAAGGGUAAAAUGCCAAUAGAUUUAGUGAUCGACGAACGGGACACCACCAAACCACCGGAGUUGGGAUCGGCGAACGGAGAAGGGCGCAGCAACGCCGACUCCACAUCGCACACCGAUGGAGCUAGUACACCAGACGUUCGGCCGCCGAGCUCAUCGCUGUCCUACGGCGGCGCAAUGAACGAUGACGCCCGAUCGCCGGGCGCUGGUAGUACUCCCGGUCCACUUUCACAGCAGCCACCUGCCCUAGAUACAUCAGACCCUGAUGGUAAGUUCUUAUCAUCACUCAAUCCUUCAGAACUAACAUAUGAUGGUCGAUGGUGUCGAAGAGAAUGGUCCUCACCUGCCGAUGCUCGCAAUGCAGACGCCUCCCGGCGAUUGUAUUCCUCAGUCUUCCUCGGUAGUCCUGACAACUUCGGAACGAGUGCAAGCGGUGAUGCCAGCAACGCCAGCAUAGGAAGUGGUGAGGGCACCGGCGAGGAGGACGACGAUGCGAGCGGCAAAAAGAACCAAAAGAAACGUGGCAUUUUCCCAAAAGUAGCAACCAACAUAUUGAGAGCGUGGCUGUUUCAGCAUUUAACGCAUCCCUACCCAUCCGAGGACCAGAAAAAACAAUUGGCCCAGGACACCGGCCUAACGAUACUGCAAGUGAAUAAUUGGUUCAUCAAUGCGCGGCGGAGAAUCGUCCAGCCGAUGAUCGAUCAAUCGAAUCGUGCAGUCUAUACACCGCAUCCAGGUCCCUCCGGAUAUGGCCACGACGCCAUGGGCUACAUGAUGGACAGCCAGGCGCAUAUGAUGCAUCGUCCGCCCGGAGAUCCGGGCUUCCAUCAGGGCUAUCCGCACUACCCGCCCGCCGAGUACUACGGCCAGCACUUGUAAUCCUCGUAAUCCGGCCCCGAACCGGAACCGGAAAUGGAACUGGAACUGGAACUGCAAGUGGAACCAGAGAGCUCUCCGCCGGAAGCGAUCAAGCCAAAAUCAUAGCUUAAAUUUUACCACCACCCAACACUGGAGACGAAGGACAAAGGACGAAGGAGCUGAAUACACAAGGAUCCAAACUAUAGCAUACCGCGUGGCAAUAUCAGUCAAGUAAUAGCAAACAAAAAACAGCAAGCAAAGAACAACAAAUGUAGUAAAAUCUAUACAAAAUGAUAUUAGCUAAGCAACAGCGACGACAACAACAACAACAACCACAACAACAACAAAAUAAACAGCAGAAUCCAGAACAACAAAAAGCACCAGCAACAACAAACCACAUCAAAAAGAAACCAGAAAUUUUAAAAGAAACUAUUUGUGUAUACCUUAAACAUAAAUAACAAAAGCAGAAAAAAGGGAAAAUAAAAGCAAGAAAAAAGAAAUAUUUAUGCAUAAACAAAAAUGAAACGCUUAGCUAUAAGUUAAAUAAACAAAAUAAAACCAGAACUCACACUCACACACACACACACACACAGACACACAGACACACCGAGACGCAACACAACAAUUUGAAAUGCAAAUUUUUAUGUUCAAAGCUGCAGAGUGCAAAACACAACAUUUUAAAGCAUGAAUUUAGGCGCAGUCCAGAAAGGAUACAAAAUUGGAAAGCACAUACAAAAUUAAAGCGACAUUUCGUUCGGAUUUGUUAUAGACUUUAGUUUGAAUUUAGAAAAUGCCCCGCCCCACCAGGAAAUCAAGGGAAAACCAAACCAAUAGCAGCAGCGAAAUUCGAUCAAGUUUGAAUAUAAAUAAUUUGCGCAAUGGAAGGACGAGAGGAGAAUUCUUUGCUAGUUCUUAGUUUCAUUUUAGUUAUGUAACAAGUCAGUUGUAGUAACGCUUUGUUUUCUAUACCUUUACGCAUAUGUAUAUGUACAUACAAAACAAAUCGAUAACAAACUAUAGAUACAUACGUACAUCUAUGUUUAGGCGAUAGCACCCUACUAUAUCCUACGUUUAGACGAUUAAUUUAAAUAAAUUGAAUUGUUUUCUAAUUUUAUGCCUUGCAACACUUAAGUAAAAACGAAAUGGAAUUUAAUUUUUACAAAAGGAAGAGAUGAUUACUAGACGAGGAACAUUACGAUUUGAAUUUGUUUUAGAGUUUUCAUUGUGUGCGGAUCUUGUAGUAUUAUUUUCCAACUGAAGCACACGGACCGAUUUGAAUAUAUAUAUUAAUAUGUAUGUAUACGUAUGGAUUUUAUGCGCGAAACAAACAGUACGAUACAAAUAAUGGCAUAGGCAUAUACAUAACUCUGAAUAUGUAUACGUAAUAUUAAUAAUAAAUUAUGCUUACGUUUAAACUGUACUUUUAUUUAUGUAUUCUAAUUUGUAUUUGUAUGCGUUAAUCCUUAGUUAACUAUUAUUAUUAUUAUUACAUUUACUUAAUUAAUGAUUUAAAUUUAACUAAUUCAAGAGGAUAGAACUGUACGAGAGAUGAUUUAUUGAUGAAAACAAAAAUGCAUAUAUGAGAAAAUAUUUGAAAAAAUAAUCGUUCUUUGUGUUUUUAUUUGAUUUUGGUUCUGCUUGGUUAUGAUUUAUUUUCAGCGCGGGCGAAUACCUACAUAUGAUUUUUUGGGGAAUAUAGACUCCAAGAGCCUUACCUUCCCUCCCAGGAUUUCUUUAUUUUUAUUCCUGUUGGAUCUUUUGGCAGACGCGUCACAUGCUAAGGAACUGAAUUGAAUUUACAUUGCUUGUGAAUCUGAUUAAUCUUAAAUGGUAACGAAUAUACGUAAAUGCAGAGGGCAACAAAUCGAAAUUUAAGUAUUUAGUUUGAAACUUAUUAACUAUGAAUAGAUUGAAGGUGUGGAAAGCGAGUACCUAUUUUGAAAAUACAAACGCGAAAUAAGAUGGAUUACGUAGCCUGCUCUUUGAACGAAACUUGAGCUUCUUUUGCAUGGGAAACCAACAUUUUAUUGGCAGACACACUUAGGCAAACUCAUCUAACUUCUUACCGACUACACUCGAAACAAUCACUCAAAUGUAUACGAACUUCUCUAAGAAUCCCCAAGGAUGAAAACCUUAUGCGAAUUUUUUGCACCUAACAAGCGAAGCGAUAAAUUUAUUUACAAAAUUUUGCUAAAUUGCAAAUGCUGUAAUUGCGAAUAGAAAUCGAAAUUGAAUUAAAGGUAAAUCGAACAUUUUCACAAUUAUACAUCAGAACUAUACGAUAUACGAGUACGAGUACGCAUCGCUAGUAAUUUAUUAGACUAUAUAUAUAAAGUAGUUAAAUAAUCGACCCAACAAUUGACUUGAGCAACGUUUAAACGCAAACGCAAAUUGUACAGAACGCCUUAAAUGAGAAACCAAAGUGGAAGCAUUGAAUGAAUGAAUGAUGUAUACGAGUCUAUAUACAGAACAUAAACUAACCUAGUUAUACCUAACUAAAUUUUAAUAAAUCUCUAAUAGUAUAUAUAUACAUAUAUCAUACACUUUAUGGCUUAAGAAAAGGGAACCAAAUGCAGUCGAGUCGGCAGGCAGCGAGUGAUAUCCCACAGUAGUUGGAUCUGAGAAUUCCCGAGACUUUCUAAGUAUUUUGUAUGAGCUUCUUUUAUAUGCCCCUUCAACAUUCGAUCGUGGGGAUGUUCAGUAUCUGAUCCAGAGCAUUGUAUCUGGGGGAUUUGCCCGCUGCGCCGAACCGACAAAAGCUUGUAAAUUAAAUCAGUGCGAUUGAUUAUGAGGGGAUAUGGCAAUACUUGUGCGUAUCGGAUCGCUGUGGAUAGGCACCCACAAUAAUCCAGAUAAUGAGCUAUACGAUUUAUAAUACGCAUUGUAUAUGGGAAGGACGAGCUGCAAAGCUUUUUCGUUUGAAAUCAUUUUCGUGUCAGAAUUUAAAUUAAAAUGUGAUUUUUCUCGAAACUUUAAUGUAUACGCCGUAAAUAUUAUGAAUAUGAUUAUAAAGUGCUGCAGCAACAUUAUUAUUACCAUUAUGAUUAUUACUAUUGAUAAAUCGAUUAUAGAUUUACAUAUUCAAGUGUAAUGUAUGUAAUAAAUAUUGUACAUUUUUGAUAACUUCCCCGUAGACUACACUGUAAAUAUAACGCAACAUUUGCAUACAUCACCCACACUAAGUACAUUACACUAAUUGUAGAGCUAAGUUUAAACCUAAUCUAAAGCUAGAUCCUAGCGAUAAAUGGUAAGGGACGAUAGGGCGCAGAAAUGCAACCCUGAGCAUAGACUAAAGUGCACCAGAAAAAAAUUAACAAAGGACAUGUUAAAAUGAAAGAACAAUUUAUACAACUUACCCACGCGACAGCAUCAAGUAAAUCCAAAAGAAUGAAAGAGCUAGAAAUAGAAAAGACACACUUACGAGAAAGAGAGAGCCAGCGAGCGAGCGAGCGAGCGAGCGAGACAGAGCACGAGAGUUAGAAAGGGAGAGCUAACUCAGUAGUGCGAAAUCCAGAAAUUAAAUCAAUAAAACAAAA